AUGGGCUCUGAAGCACCAUCCGACCCCGUCUGGACCACCAAGUCAGUCCUGGCGUCUCUCCCGCACCCGCCCGAAGAAAACUCCCCCUCACCGGUCCCCUUCUUCCACCUUCUCGAACGCCUCAAGACCACCAAACGUGAAGGCUGGCGCCGAUUUGGAAUCGACAAGGGCGAAUCUAUCUCCGACCACAUGUACCGCAUGUCGAUCAUGACGAUGCUCGCUCCGCCGUCUCUCGCAUCCCGCCUCAACCUACCCCACUGCAUGAAGAUGGCGCUCGUUCACGACAUGGCCGAGUCGCUCGUGGGUGACAUUACACCGAAAGACAAGGUUACCAAACCGGAGAAGGCCCGACGCGAAGCGGAUGUGAUGGAAUAUAUUUCGAAGAAUCUACUGGGUGGUGUACCUGGUGGAAUGUUGACUGGGGAGGGUAUCUUGCAGGUGUUCAAUGAGUACGAGGAGAACCAGACGCUGGAGGCGCAGUUUGUGCACGACGUCGACAAGAUGGAGCUUCUUCUGCAGAUGGUGGAAUACGAGCGGGCUAAUGAUAUCGACCUGACUGAGUUCUGCCACGUCGCUUCGCGCAUUCAGUUGCCCGAGACACAGGAGUGGGCGGCGACGGUACUCAAGGAACGGGAGAUGUUUUGGAAGAACAAGACUGAUGCGAAUGGUACGAACGCAUGA